AUGCCGGCGGCGGUAAACGUUUGCGCAAGCAUUGCGCUGCCCUGGCGAGGUGAUGGUGUGGCCGUUCCAACACCCUCGUCGCAGCCAGGAGAGAUGCACGACCUGACUGUCGAGGAACUGAAAGGCUCUCUCUCCGACCUUGGUUACAAUCCCUAUGGGGAACUGGUGUACACAAGGAGCCACCUCGCCUCGAAGCAUCUCCGUGCGCUGCCGGGGCUUCAGCGGUACGUUCACCUGCAAAGACUUUGCGUGGAUGACAACGGACUGACGGAGCUCGAUGCGGUGCGCUACAUGCCACAGCUCGUGCAUCUUCACGCACGCCACAACCGCCUCACCUCGGACGUGUUCGUAUCCCUCGCCGCAGCGGCCGCCGGAUGCCUGGAGCAGCUACACCUGGACGACAACGGCAUCACAUCACUUGACGGGUUGGAAAAGCUUCCCUUCCUGCUCGACUUCACGUGCUGCAGUAACCGGGUACAGCAUCUCCCUGCGCGUUGCCUCACUGCUGCGGAGCGACUCAGGCGCUUUUCCUUGAGCAACAAUGCGCUCGAAACGGUCGAUAUCAACGCCUUCGCGGUGACGCGACCGCUGCGCGUGUUGGACCUGAGUAACAACUUGCUGUCGAACACCGAUUUUCUCUACUCUGUCGCUCUGCAGAUCGAAAAGGUGAACAUCGCCAACAAUCGCGUGCGCCACUUGAGUGCCGCCUUGAAGCAGUUGCCCUGCUUAACAGUGCUCGACGUUGGAGGGAACGAGUUGUCGGGGCUGAAAGAGCUGAGGGUCCUGCGAUGUCUCAAGGGCUUGCGCACCCUGAUGUUUGCGGGCAACAAGGCUCUGGAGCACCUGUCACAUCAUGCAGCGGGAGAGGGCGGGCGGCUGGGUGACCCGCUGGCGACGACAGCGCAGGGAACCGAGUACGACGCAGAGGUGGUCAUGAGUGAUGGAGAGGACAACGGCGGGCCGCUCUGCUCGGGCGGCGCCGGUGGCGGACUCAACGCCGCAAUUAGCACCACCGCAGCAACCACUGGCGCUGCGUCUGCGGAAAGGGUCGCGGCAGAAGGCGACGGCGCUCCCGACACGAGCAGCACCCUGCUCCCCAGCGCCUCCGCCAUCAGCAAGGUGACCACAAACGCGAACGAUGCAGCAGGUGACUCCCGAGCCUGCACCAAAACGAUUACGGGGUGGAAGUUCUCGGACUCAUUGGCGGCGCGGGCAGCGGUACCGACCACCGCCGCGUACGCGGACCUUUGUGCUUCCGAGACGUAUACCUUCAUUCAUGCGGUGGGCAGUGCGAGGUGUGACGGCGGGCUUGAUGUGCACGUGAACCUCCAGAAGGAGGUUCUGGCGCUCCCGCAGCAGGAGCAGGUGUAUCUGUGGACACUGUCAGUGCUGCCCCAACUGACGGAGAUGAACGGCCGCCUUACACGCCCGGAGGAGGUGGCUAAGGCGGCCUUUCUUUUCCGCGCGAACGCCGCGAAGCAGGAUCCUAAAGAGGGAGAGUCCACGGAAUGA